AUAAAACCCUUCCCAACACAACACAACACAACACAGUUUCAUUCUUUUACUACUAAGGUACUACCCCAAGCCAUGGCUCACUCACUCUUCCUAUACUCAUUCCUCAUCCUGGCUGUCACCACCCUCUCCUCACCCACCGGUGCUCUUAUCCUAACCCUCGUCAACAACUGCAACUACACCGUGUGGCCGGCCAUCCAGCCCAACGCCGGCCACCCCAACCUGGGCGGCGGCGGCUUCACCCUCCACACGCUCACCCACCUCUCCAUCCCCGUCCCGGACGCCCACUGGUCCGGCCGCGUCUGGGCCCGCACCGCCUGCGCCUACUCCGGCACCGCCUUCUCCUGCGCCACGGGCGACUGCGGCGGCCGCCUCCAGUGCAACGGCGCCGGAGGCUCCGCCCCCGCCACCCUGGCCCAGCUGGAGGUCCACCACGGCAACGGCGACUUCGCCUCCUACGGCGUGAGCCUCGUGGACGGCUUCAACGUCCCCAUGACGGUGACUCCGCACGAGGGCCGAGGCGUGUGCCCCGUCGUGGGCUGCCGCGCCGACCUCCUCGCCACGUGUCCGGCCGUGCUCCAGCACCGCGUCCCCGCCGCCCACGGCCCCGUGGUGGCGUGCAAGAGCGGCUGCGAGGCCUUCCACACGGACGAGUUGUGCUGUCGGAACCACUUCAACAGCGCCCACACGUGUAAGGGCUCUGUUUACUCCUCCUUCUUCAAGCACGCGUGUCCCUCCACCUUUACCUUCGCCCAUGACACGCCUUCGCUCAUGCACCAGUGCUCCUCCCCCCGCGAGCUCAAGGUUAUCUUUUGCCAUUGAGCACUCUGUUAGGGUUCUGAGUCAUUCUUCAGUGACUCGCCUUUUCUCUUUCCAAUAACAUUUUCCUUCCACACUCCAAAAAAACAAAAAAAACAUGUUCUGUCUUUGUGUGUUGUGUCGUGUGACUCACUAGCUUGGAAAACCCAAAAUGUAAUUUUUAAAUUAUCUUCUUCGUAUUCCUAGUUCUGUCUUUCUUUGUUUGGAAUUUCGUGUGAAAAAUCACGUUUUUGACACGUGACCAAACACGGAGCAUGGUGAAUGAUGUUUAUCGAUUUAGAAAAGAAAGGGACCAAUCCUGCUGCAUUGGCUCCUAUCUCGAGAAUUCGGUUCUUUAUAAUAAUCGAGUGCUGUACUGCGCAUGACACGUGAUUUCGGUCUUUUUUACUUUUACUCGUAGUAGUAGUACUGUAUAUGAUAAAAAUAUUACGUGUUGAAAAUAUAUAAAGUAUUCAGAGGACGGUAA